AAAAUACCAUCUGAGUGAACAAUAAUCAAAUCAACAAAAUAACAAAUACAAUAUAAAAAUCCAAUAAAGAAAAACCAAUGAACCCCCAACCCAAAAAAGGAGUCAAAAAAAAAGAAAAAAAGACGAAGAAAAAGACAAGGAUCCCCCAAACCAUCACCUUCCAGAAACACCAAAGAAAAAUAAACCUUGGACACAUCCGAUUUCAUCCCCCCGACCCUGACAGAAUGGCAAGCCGCAAAGGAACCAACCAUCCACAUGACAUCCACCAAAACUGGGAUCCUGCGCCGGAACGCGCGCUUUGUUCCGGUUCCUCGAUAGGCAUGUUCAUUCCUACUCCAGAAGAAACAGUGAUAGUAGGUACGGAGUACUCCGUAGUCAAUGGUGGUAAAGUAUUGGGUGAAAAUUCCGCAUCAUCAAAUGACCACCGCCGUCACUGCUACGCCGACACGUUCUACGACGUUGGGCGGCAAUAUGGACAGCUUGGGAGCUGCCUUGUGGCGAUGAUAUCCGUUGUGGCGAUGAUAUCCGUUGAUUAGGGGAGGGGAGGCGAGGUAAGGGGUGGGUGAGUGACUUCUCGCGCUACAUGUGUUGUAUACAGUUACAUAUCUUAGGUUGUGUACGGAGUACACACACGCUUAUGUGCACAUCCAUACAAAAAUAUUAUGAUGUGUUCUGUAAAACGAGGAGAAUAUAGAUCAUGCUAUAAUAUAGAUACAUGAUAUUAUAUACCCUGUUGACACUCAGACCCUGCUUUUGACCAGAAACCAAGAAAUUGGAC